UUAAGAGGGCUGAGCUUGAGCCUUGUGAGGCUUCACCGGACUCUUCAUCUACCUGCUGCCCAUGGAGUCCGCGCUGAAACUCAAAGAGUGUUAUAAAUGAAUAUUCAGUGUACUGCCGUGUCAAAUGCUCGACGGACGUUUUUACGUGGUUGCUGUACCGGAGCACUUAACGAGCGUCUCUCCACUUGUUGUGGACUACCCUUCAUACACUAUAACGUUACACUCAGCAGGACUUUACUUACCAAAAUGGCAGUUUUUCAACUACUUUUGAGCUGGACUUCGCAGGCGUUUAUAUUUCUGUUCUUUCUGACUUUCAUUGCGUUUCUUGGUUGUUGCUUGUAUCUUAAAUACAUUCAUAUGAAAUAUGACCACAUACCCGGACCACCGAGAGACAGCUUUUUCUUUGGGCAUACACCGACGAUUUUGAGAAUGAUGAAAAAUGGCGAAGUUGCACACGAUAAAUUUCUGGAAUGGGCAGAAAUUUAUGGGCCUGUCUUCAGAUUAAAUUUUCUACAUUACAUUUUCGUCACUGUGAGCUGUCCAGAGGCAACCAAGGAAAUCCUGAUGUCCUCAAAAUACACCAAAGAUAAACUCUUUUGCAAAAAACUCUUCAAGUUGUUUGGUCAAAGGUUCCUAGGUAAUGGCUUGUUAUCGGCACACAACCACGAGCAGUGGUAUAAACAGCGCCGGAUCAUGAACCCUGCAUUCAGCAGCUUGUAUUUGAGAGGUCUAAUGGGCACCUUCAAUGAGAGGGCAGAGAAUCUGAUGAGUAAACUUGUAGAUAUUGCCGACAGCAAAAGAGAGACCAGCAUGCUUCACCUAUUCAGCUGUGUUACCCUUGAUGUCAUUGCUAAGGUUGCUUUUGGUGUGGACUUAGACCUGCUGAAGACUAGUACACCUUUCCCUAAAGCCAUUGAGACAUGUCUAAAGGGGAUGCUGUGCAAUUUUCGAGACGGCUUUUUUCAGUUCAAUCCAAAGAACAGACCAUUCAUUAAAGAAGUGAGGGAAGCGUGCCGCCUGCUGCGCACAACUGGGGCUCAGUGGAUCCAUGAAAGAAAGACUGCCAUGGAAAAUGGCGAUGACAUUCCUAAGGACAUCCUCACACAAAUUAUCAAAUCUGCUGGCCAAGAGGACAGCAUGACUAAAGAAGAUGAGGAGUUCAUGUUGGACAACUUUGUGACAUUCUUCAUUGCUGGACAAGAGACAACAGCUAAUCAACUGGCUUUUUGCAUCAUGGAACUUGCAAGACAUCCUACUAUACUUGAGAAAGUGAGGCAAGAGGUGGAUGAUGUCAUCGGGAUGAAACAGGACAUAAGCUAUGAUGACCUGGGUCAGCUGAUCUAUCUCUCACAGGUACAAGUCUUGACACUAGGAAUCGGCACUUCCCACUUAAAAAUACAUGACAAAACAACACUUUUUACAAAUAUACUUAGCUGUCAAAAUGUGCAAUACAUUUCUCAGUUCAGCUCCUAUGCGACUGGCAGAAUGGAGAAAUUCUUCAAGGACCCACUGACAUUUGAUCCUGACAGAUUUCACCCAGAUGCUCCGAAGCCUUAUUACUGCUACUACCCCUUUUCCCUGGGUCCACGCUCCUGUCUGGGACAGAACUUUGCUCAGAUGGAAGCUAAGGUGGUGAUGGCCAAGCUGCUCCAGAGGUUUGACUUCACUCUUGCCCCAGGACAGACCUUUGACCUAUUGGACACUAGCACACUCAGGCCAAAGAGUGGGGUGGUGUGCACUGUCAGUCACAGGAAUGAUAAGAAAUAGAUGGUCAUACAGUACCAUAACAUAAGAACAAACCAUAACUGUCUGUGUGGUGAAAUUGAGUUGUGGAGUUGCUGAAACCAGCUUACAGCAAAAAGUGCAUGAUUAGUUUUAUUUUUUGUAUUUCUUUAUUCUUUGUAAAGAAUAAUAUAUUUUUCCCAGUAUAUUCACUUGAAAUGCUGAUUAUGGUAAUGAUGAGUAUUCAAUUUCUGUGUAAGUUACAGUAUCAUUAGCUUUUUAAUUUUGCUGAAAUGAACCAUUUAAUAGCUUUUUUUAAACCACUGAGACAGUGAACCUUUUGUGCCUUUAAGGCUAAUAUAAAAUACAGAAUAUGGAAUUAAUUGUAAAUAAACCACAUAAUAGGAUGUAUAAAAUGUCCUCACCAUCUAAUGCACAUUUUUACUGAUGCAAAAGUAAUUUGCAUUCUUUGUUUGGUACUUUAAUAUACCGAUGAUGAAUUUAAUACCUGAUUUCACUGAGACUUUUGCGUACUUUUGGCCAUUACUGACAGCGUACAGCAGAGGGCGCUGUUACAUUGCAAAGAAAUCUCUGAAGUACCUGUUAAACUAUAGUCUCGCUCAGUCAUGUCAGUAAUUUUGGGAGUUUGUUAUAAUUUUUGUAAGAAGAUUUUUAAAAUGUGGCGGAAACUAAUACCAGUAUAUUGGGGGUUAUUUUGUACUUUAAAACCACACAAGUUAAAAAAAUUUUGGCUACAAAUGUUUAAAGAUGGAGAAAGAAUACCACUUUACUGAUUUGUAAAAAAGUCUAACAUUUAAACUUAGUGAAUGUAAAGCUAACUAUACCUCUCUAA